GCCCAUGGAACAAAGGCGACUCUCCUCCAACUCCCACAACCCCGAAAGAGGUUCACAAUAGAGUCGCCACCCACAAUGCUUUCAUGAAGUGAUUGCACCUCUAUCGUCAUUCGUGCCCUCAUCAUGCGUGUUUAGCUAGACGGACAACCACAAAUGCCACCUCGGACGAACUCGCAUUGACUUUCUUUCGCGGCGCCGUGAAACCCUCCUCGGAGAUCAUGGCUGGGCACAAUAACCAAGAAGCUAUCCUGCCGCUUGAGCAGGAGGAUCCAAGUCGACAUUCAGAAGGAUCCGAAUCCUCUGCAUCGACGACGAGUCUGGUAUUCGAGCGCAUUGGUGAACGUGUUGAGGUAGAAGAGAAGUCGAUGAAUGGGAAUGGGCGGAGGAUGGUGACACCCAAGUUUCCACCGAGAGGUGACUCCUUGCCAUACGCAGACGACGAGAACGACCCUCUCGAUGAUGAAGAGAAAGAUGACUACGAUCUCGAGAGUGGACCGUUCCUCCAGAAGGCGACAGACAAAACGGUAGACAAGAAGUUUCGCAGACUACUAUGGGUCGUUGGAGGUGUCUUCAUUGGGGCCUGGCUAUUGGCAUUGGUGCUAUACUUGGGACACAAAUCAUACCAACAUCCCUCUGACACUCCGCACGACCCUGCAGCGACUGCUGUUCGAGGAAGUGGAAAGAAGGUGACGCUGGACGAAGUCAUGGGCGGUGCAUGGCGAGUGCAGAAGCAAGGCAUAAGCUGGAUUCCGGGUGCGAAUGGCGAGGACGGUCUUUUGCUCGAACGGGGUAUGUCAGGGAAAGAUUAUCUCGUCGUCGAAGAUAUCAGAGGUUCUACUCCCGAGGCUGGAACAUUGGAAAGCAAGACAUUGAUGAAGCAAGGAUACUUUCAGGUUGGGGACCGCGGACUUACCCCCAGCUCAGUUUUCCCAAGCAAAGACCUGAAGAAGGUGCUCAUUGCAACGGAUGUGCAAUCAAAUUGGAGACACUCCUUCUAUGCAAAGUACUGGAUCUUUGAUGUCGAUUCGCAGUCUGCCCAGGCCUUGGACCCCGCAAAUCCUGAUGCCAAAAUUCAGCUCGCAAGCUGGAGUCCUCAGAGCGAUGCUGUUGUGUUCACAAGAGACCAGAACUUAUAUCUGCGAAAAUUAUCAUCGAAAACGGUCACCCAAAUCACAACAGACGGGGGCUCGAACUUGUUCUAUGGUGUGCCCGACUGGGUCUACGAAGAGGAAGUCUUUGGAGGAAACAGUGCGACUUGGUGGGCAGAAGAUGGAAAAUACAUUGCGUUCCUUCGUACGAACGAAUCCGAAGUUCCUGAAUAUCCAAUCCAAUAUUUCGUCUCUAGGCCAAGCGGUACACAGCCAUUACCAGGAGAGGAAAACUACCCUGAAGUUAGAGAGAUCAAAUAUCCUAAAGCCGGCGCACCAAAUCCAAAGGUGAAUCUUCAGUUCUACGAUGUUGCCAAAGGUGAUAUCUUCGAGGUGAAGAUCGAAGGUUCCUUCGCUCCCGACGACCUCCUCAUCACCGAGGUCGUUUGGGCAGGCUCAACAGGGAAAGCUUUGAUCCGCGAGACCAACAGAGAGAGCGAUAUCCUUCGGGUCGUCCUCGUUGAUACGGUUACAAGAACCGGUAAGACUGUUCGCACUGAGGAUGUCCAGAAACUUGAUGGUGGGUGGUUUGAAGUAUCCGAAAAUACCAGAUACGUUCCUGCAGAUCCGGCGAAUGGCCGCCCAGAAGAUGGAUAUAUUGACACCGUCAUCCAUGAGAACUACGAUCACCUGGGAUACUUCACACCGCUCGAUAAUCCAACCCCAGUCUUACUGACGUCUGGCAACUGGGAGGUCGUGAACGCUCCCUCUGCUGUGGAUUUGAAGAACAACUUGGUAUACUUCGUUUCGACGCAAGAAUCUUCUAUCCAGCGACAUGUUUACAAUGUAUACUUGAACGGCUCUGAUCCUAUGCCAUUGACCGAUACCAGCAGCGAAGGCUAUUAUGGUGUAUCAUUCUCAAGUGGCGCGGGUUAUGCGCUUCUCAACUAUGAUGGGCCAAACAUACCAUGGCAGAAGGUUAUUAGCACACCUAGUAAUACACAGAAAUAUGAGAAUGUCAUUGAGGAAAAUCAUGCCCUAGCGGACAUGGCAAAGAAGCACGAAUUGCCCAUCAAGAUAUACUCGACGGUCAACAUCGACGGCUACGAUCUUAAUGUCGUCGAACGAAGACCUCCUCAUUUCAACGAGAAAAAACAGUAUCCAGUUUUGUUCUACCUUUAUGGUGGACCAGGGUCUCAGACAGUUACAAAGAGCUUCACCGUCGACUUUCAGUCAUACAUUGCUUCGAACCUUGGAUACAUCGUCGUCACUGUCGAUGGACGAGGCACGGGCUUCAUCGGACGAAAAGCUCGUACAAUCAUUCGUGGCAAUCUUGGCUAUUACGAGGCAUACGAUCAGAUCGCGACUGCCAAGAUCUGGGCCGCGAAGAAGUACGUAGAUGCCUCACGAAUGGCUAUAUGGGGCUGGUCGUACGGUGGAUUCAUGACUUUGAAAACCCUCGAGCAAGAUGCUGGUCAGACAUUCCACUACGGAAUGGCUGUCGCUCCAGUCACAGACUGGAGAUUCUACGAUUCGAUUUACACGGAGCGAUACAUGCACACGCCACAGCAUAAUCCUCAGGGAUAUGACAAUUCGACGAUCAACAACAUGACAGCACUUCACCAGAAUGUUAGAUUCUUGCUCAUGCAUGGUGUUGCAGACGAUAAUGUACACAUGCAGAAUUCGUUAACGUUACUGGAUAAAUUAGAUCUGGCUGGCGUUGAAAACUACGACGUGCAUGUAUUCCCGGACUCAGAUCAUGGUAUCUACUUUCACAAUGCGAAUCGGAUCGUCUAUGAUAAACUGAAUAAUUGGCUGAUAAACGCCUUCAAUGGCGAAUGGCUACGGACUGCUAAUGCAGUACCUUUGUCGUCAUCAGAGAAGAGAAAACGAACAGGCAUAGAAGCUUGAAGAGAUUUUCUAUGUAUUAUCAUAGCACUUAGCUGCCUUCUGGGGCAUGGCGUGGAGGGAUCAUCACAGCAUAGGAGCGAUUUGUUACCAACACCAAUGGUCUAUUUUCAAUUUAAUACUUUGUCUAUCUGCGGCAGUAUGAAGGAUCUGUACACUACUGUAGGUAAAAGAAAUCUAGCAGCUGCCUGCAGCGCAUCAGGGAUCCUCAUUUUUACUUGUUAUCUUCACCAUAUCUUUCUAUGCAA